AUGCUGACGAAGCUACGUGCAAAGCUCUGCUGUGCUCAGGCUGAUGGUGACGCUGACAAGGCCGAACCUGCCAUUCCCCAUGCGAGACGUUCGAUUAAUGAAGGAGGCGCCAGCCUGACCAAGAGCAUCAGUCCUGAGGUUGCUACCAUCUCCUCGGGUCACGCUGCUGCCUCACCCAAGGAUCUCUGGCAAGUAGCAUUCGACAACCUUGAUCCGAAACAAAAACAGUGGUUGUCCAAAGAGGAACAGUCCGCGACAAAGGUCAUUCAAAAUGUUAUUAGCGAGACCGAAAUUAAAUAUACGGAGUAUAAGAAGAAAGAGUUGAUUAUCCGAAAGCAUGAUGGGGGUGAAAUCAAAGUGCGCGAAAUUGCCCAGAAUAUCCUUGCGUCUGCAUUGAAUGCGCAGCAAAUAAUCACCGCGAUCGUGGGUUUCGACCCAAGUGGUCAUGCAUCGAGCGCCUGGACAAUAGUUUCGCUAGGUUUGACGAUGGUGCAGAGAGGUAUUGCGCGCAGAGAUGCCAUCUUAGAAGCCUCCGAAUACUUAGCAGAGCAGCUAGCAUUUUUUAGCUUCUUGGAUAGCGACCGCCGAUACACAAAUGCCGCUGGUGACAAGCAGCUAGAAAGUGCUCUUGUGGGAGUCUAUACAGCGAUACUUGAAUACACGGCGGAAGUGAAAAAGAUACACCAUGAAAGCGGCUUUGCUCGCAUAGGAAGCACACUCAUACCCCUUACCGAGCAGCCACUGCAAAGGCUUCGAACAGUUGUGGAAAAUAAAAUCACAAUGGCUGAAAAAUGGGCUACCAGCGCCGAUCGCACAUAUCUGAAGGGACAGGCUGCGGAAAUUCUUGCGGCUAUUGACAAGACUGUCGAAGAGCUCCAGAAAGUUCAGUCCACUGUACUAAGUGUCGAGGACAAAGGAAUCCUUGAAUGGCUAUCUCAGUACGACUUUUCCAAAGCUCAGAACGACACUCAGGAUCACCGAUCACCAGGGACAGGUGAUUGGCUUUUGAAGUCAAAAGCCUAUGUAGAGUGGAAGGACUGCCCAGGUAGUAUCUUCUGGUUGCAUGGAGUGGCGGGUUGUGGUAAAUCAGUCAUAUGCUCGACAGUGAUUGGGGACGUUCAACGAAUGUGCCUGGAUAGUUCAAAGAUGCGGUUCGCCUACUGGUACUUCCAAUUCAAUGACCCAGGAUCGCAAAGAGUUGAGAAUAUGCUCAGGGCUAUCAUUCGACAGCUCCAUUCAAACCCACUAGAUGGGCCUAUCAGGCGCAUUUGGAAAGAGCAUGGUACCAAAGGAAGCAAUCCAAGCAAUGCAAUGCUUCAAGAGACCCUCCACAAAAUGAUUAACGCCUACAAAGGAGACGUUUUCCUCAUUCUAGAUGCGUUGGAUGAAUGUCCCAACGCAGUCAUUCGCAAGGAAAGAAGCUUUUUGCUGGCACUUCUUACCGAACUCCGAAAGAAUUGCAGUGAUAACAUUCACAUUCUUGUUACUAGUCGGCCAGAGCCAGAUAUAAUUGAACACCUUGAAUGGUGUACAGCUUUAGACCUCGAGGAAAAGCAGGGGUCUGACAUUCUAGCCUUUGUUAAGGUCAAAGUUGAGGCUCUGGACGAUAGAAUCGCUCCAAAGGAAGUGAAAACACAGAUAAUUCACGAGCUGCUACAGGACGACAAGAGACGAUUUCGCUGGGCAGACCUUCAAAUAAAGCGUCUAGAGGAAUGUCGCAAUGAGUCCGAGAUCUCAGAAGCGUUGAAGACUAUGCCACAGACAUUGCACGAGAUAUACAUCUCUGUAAUCGAAAGAAUCAACUCGAAGCCCUCUGAUAUCAUAUUCGCCAAGAAGAUACUCACCUGGCUCUGUUUCUGUGCCAGACCUCUCACCCUGGCAGAAGUUGCAGCAGCAGCAGGCCUUGGAGUCCCAGAGGACAUUAUCAAAAUUUGCACAACUUCCUUUGUCACUUAUCGGCGCAUGGAUGAUGAGAUCAGGUUGGCUCACUUCUCUGUGAAAGAAUUUCUUGUUAGUAGCCAAAGUACUGGCCAAUGGCACCAACUCUCCACCUUGGAUGGUCAUGUCAUGCUAGCCAAGCACAGUCUGGGAAUUCUACUGCAAAACACACGGCGUCUGCUCAAAGAGGAAGCGAGACAGGAGCUGCUGCUAGAUUAUGCCGCCUGUAACUGGCACCAACACUUCAAUGUUUGUGCUGUUACUCCAAGCCUAGAACUCGAAAAGCUGCAGGAGAUGGUGAACCAGCUUUUCCGACACCCGGCUAUCUACCGCAACUGGCGUUAUAUAUCAACCGAGCUUGAGGAGCAAGAAGUACACCCAACCCCUAUUGGUGCUGCGUCUGGAUUAGGGCUCAUUCAAACCGUGGAUGGGUUACUAGAAGAAGGCGCAGACCCUUUGGAGUGGUUUGCAUAUUGGUGCGGAAUGUUUCAAGAGCCUAGAAAUGCAGUAUUGUUAGCUUCUGAAAAUGGGCAUCUGGAUGUACUGGAUUUGCUGCUGCACAAGGUGUUCAUAUCUCUUGACCUGGCCGAGGGCGUAUUGAAUAGUGUCCAACGCUACGGUCUCACAGUCAAGACGCUGGAAGAUAUAUUCGACACACUCUCAGCUUCAGGGAUUUUUUACACUGGAACUGAGAGCGGAGUUAUCCACAUAGAUGAAAGAAUUGUUGUCGCUGCAGCAAAGAACGAGCGUUGUGGCAUGGACCUAAUGGCUAUCCUCCUUGAUCAGUACGAAGAGACAGGAGUAGCAAUUGUGCCUGUGACAGAGUACGUAUUGGAAACCGUACUGCGAAACAGAGGAUGUGGGGGCGAUGUCUUGCAGGUUCUUCUCAAAAGGCGCAAUGCCGACGUCAAGAUCUAUCCACAGAUCAAGAAGAUGCUGGCAUGUGCGGCCCUCCUCAGCGACAGCGCGAUAGCAUUACUUCUUGCAGAACGGCAUACAGAAAUUGACUUGGAUGAGAAGUUCAUUGCCGGUUUUGCAGAGUAUGCAAGCGAAACGGCAAUGGAGGUACUUCUAAGUACAUUGAGUGACGAUUUCUUGCUGGCUGAAAAUGUUCUGGUAGGAGCGGCUAAUAAUGCACUCCAUGUCGGUGUCUUGCGUCAAAUUCUUUGUCGACGACAGCAUCGGGCACAGGUUAGCGAGGAUAUACUCUGUACGGCAGUGUGUAAUCCGAACGCACCCCAUUCUCUCGAAAUGCUUGAACUCCUACUAGAUGACUGUGGUCCGGAUUUUUCAAUAAGCGAAAAAGUCAUGCUGCAGAUCCUGGACAACUGGAAAUAUGCAGCUGAGAUGCUCAACAUGCUUUUACACAGGCAGCAAGCUGGAUUCAACGUCACUCAUGCAAUUCUAUGCGAAGCAGCCUCUAACCCACAAGGUAAAGAUAUCUUUGAGAUACUCAUGAACAACGGAGGCUUGAGGAUCUCAAUAACCGAAGACAUAUUGCUCAGUUCAAGGAGUGAAGCCUCGAUCUGUUUUCUAUUAGAUCUUGAAGCAAGGUCUCAAAUAGAGGCCCUUCCUCUCACGGAAAAGGUCAUGUCGCAUGCUGUAAGACGCUUCACAUCUAACACGGUGAAGGCAAUUUUCUGCGAACGACCAAUGGCCAAAAUGAGCGAUAAUAUGUUUGUUGAAGCAUGCAGUUGCGAUUCAUCGAUGCUAGCGCUUCUAAUGAAACAACCGCAUGGACAAUUACCGGUCUCGAAGAUGCUAAUCACAUUAGAAAAGUACGGUGAUCAUCAGAGUGCUACAGAUAUAAUCCAACUCCUUUUGAAAAGAAAGCUCUUCGAAGUUGACCAAGAAAUUGUGGAAAGGUUUGCGCACAAUCCUCCAGCUUUGGAACUCCUGCUGCAGACAGCACCAUGUGUACGCAUCACAGAGAAAGCCGCCAUCCGAGCAGCAGCAGCAUCCCACGAGAAAGCAUUGUGCAUUCUGCUCGAUGAGCGAAUAGAGGAUAUUCCAAUCUCGGAAGAAUUCAUGAUAGCCGUGGCAGGAGCAGAAAGACCGGCCAAAAAUUUAAGACGGAUUCUCGCUCGUUGUGGCCCACAGGUACCAAUAACUGAGAAAGUUCUGUUGGCAGCCUCGUACACCUUGGACGCUUUCCAACUUCUUCUCCACGCACUUGGACCCGAUGUGCCUCCUUUUCUAACUGAGAAAGUGGUUAUGCUUGCCACUUAUCAAGAACUGUCUGCAUUACCUUGGUUAAUUGAAAGGUAUGGAUUCCAGGCACUACCACUUACUGAAAGAGUCAUGGUUGCUGCUGCCGCAACCAGCCUUUCCGGGCUACAGUGGCUCCUCCAUAAAUGGCCUGCCGAAAUAAACUUUAACGACGUUUGGAGAGCGAUCUGGAGGUUUGAAAGGAACAACUGUGACUAUUUAAAUUGUCAUAAGCCUUUCAUUCUGCCACCAGUUCAGUAUAAGGCUGCGACCCACAUUGUUCGAUAUACUAGAGCAGUCGAUCUAUCGGAGGAAGUCUUCCAGAGUGCCCGGAAUUCAUCUACUCGUGGUCAAAACUCGAACAAAAGACACUACAGUGGCUUAGUUCCUCUGAUCCAAAUAUGUAUUAUGCAUAGCUUGCCUGUUCCAUUAACAGAACGGUUAGUAAAGGUCUUUGAAAGUUGUGACGCUGAUCUCAUCGAAGCUAUCCGUGAGCGUGUCUUGAAUUCGGACAUAUACCGCCUUGGCCCUGCAGGAGAGGUUGAGAAGAUGCUAUUGUCAUUCAUCCAAAAGCAUUGUGGAACUUCUGUUAUUGAGACAUGA